UGUCGUAAAUGAACAAAAACUCAUGUGUUUUUACUUUUUUCAUGACUCGUUCGUGUUCGCGCUAAUUUUCUUUGUCUAUAAAUAAUUGAGCUUUGUGACUCAUGAGUGAUUGAUUGCAGCGGAGUACUGGCCUGGUUGUUGGACGAGUAAAAUCAUUAUAAUAUAAUUUUAGUAAUAAUACAAAUUACAAAUAUUAAUACCAUAUAUUGUAAUAAGGUAUUAUUAUCGUCAUCAUCAUCAUGUAUAUAAUCGCACAUUUCUAUAAAGAAGAUUCUGUGGAAGUAGUACCAAGUACCUGGUAUAAAAACAAUGAAAGUGCCUGGCCUAAUAAAUUGUCAAAUGUAAAAAAAUUUGUUACUCGAAGAACUUAUCCCAAUAAAUUUGAUUUUAAUUGGUUUCCUGCACGACAACUUGGUCGUAAAUUUGCUUCAUAUGAAGAAGCAAAAAGUAAAUUAUCUACGGCUGAAUUUAAAUCUGAUUUAUCUACUGCAGAAGAUGAACGUUACACUCGUCAAUUUAGAGCAGCAAAUAAAAGAGUCAGUCGUAAUAGUAGUUCGCCUGAAAUCGUAAAAAAUUCGAGAAGUACAGGGAUGAAGAGCCCACCAUCUGUGUUUUUUAAUAAAGAAAAAUUUACUCCAAACAAUUUAAAUGUUCAACAGAAAAAAGAUAAAAAAUCCUAUUCAAAUGUAAAAAGAAGUCUUUUCACUGAUGAUUAUAAUACUAAUAAUUUUGAGAAAAGAUCUUCAAAUAAUCUUGACACAACACCGACCAGCAACAAUAGUCCAUCUGCAAGUCAUGUUUUACAAAAAAGUUCAUAUUCAAAGAGCAGUUCAAAUAACAGAAGUCUUUUCACUGAUGAUGAUAAUAAUAUUAAUUUUGAAAAAAAUUCUUUAAAGAUUCUUGACACAACACCGAUGAGCAACAAUAGUCCAUCUGCAAGUCAUGUUUUACAAAAAAGUUCAUAUUCAAAAAGCGGUUCAAAUGUAAACAGAAGUCUUUUCACUGAUGAUGAUAAUAAUAUUAAUUUUGAAAAAAAUUCUUCAAAUAAUCUUGACACAACACCGAUGAGUAACAAUAGUCCAUCUGCAAGUCAUGUUUUACAAAAAAGUUCAUAUUCAAAAAGCGGUUCAAAUGUAAACAGAAGUCUUUUCACUGAUGAUGAUAAUAAUAUUAAUUCUGAAAAAAAUUCUUCAAAUAAUCUUGACACACCGACGAGGAACAAAAAACUAUCUGCAAAUCAUGUUUUACAAAAAAGUUCAUAUUCAAAAAGCGGUUCAAAUGUAAACAGAAGUCUUUUCACUGAUAAAUUAUUGUAUUCUUCUGAGAAAAAAUCUUUCAAAAAAAAAAAUCAGUCUGUGCCUUUUGAAAAACACAUUUCUUUGUGUUUGGCAGAAAUAAAGUAUGAAAUAAAAAGUCAUACUUAUAAAAUUGAUUGCUUAAAAGAGAAAAUUGAUUUUAUUGAAGAAAAUCUCAAAAGUUUUAAAUCGUAUAAUAGAAGUAUUGAUACAAAUGGUAAUAAUGAUGAUAUUAUGUUUGAUUCAUUAAUUUGUUUAUGGCCUCUUAAGAAUGAUGAUGAUUUAGUUGAGUUUGAAAAUAUAUUACUGGAUAAAGCUAAGAAAAAGCAAUGUGAAAUUAUAUUAUCUAGGGCAAUUUCAAAGAACAUACCUAUAACCAUAAGAGUUAUGAUGCAGCGAAUGUUUACAGACAACUUUUUGUCAAAUUUUUCUUUCAUCGGCUUCAAAGGGAAAAAAAACUUUUCAAAACUCCGCAGUUGUUCUUUAAUUUUUGAUUCUAUAAGAAGAGUGAAAAAAUUUGAAAAUGUGUCAGAUUGUGAUAUCUCCACCCCAAUAAAAUCCUGGUUAGCACAAGCUAAUAACCGCUUAAUAAAAUCAAAAACAAAAAAUGAUUCUACUCAUGUAGUACAUCACUUAUAAAUAACUAAUUAUUUUAUUGUUAUUAUUAUAAAUUUUUCAUACAAAAGGUUACUCAUAAUUUUUUAAUUAUUAUAUUAUAUAAUAUUAUAUUACCCUAAAAAAAAAAAUAUAUUCAAUUUUUUUACUUUUUAUAUUUUUUGUUUGUUGAUGUAUUUUGAUCAUAUAUAAAUUGAAGAUCAAUCAAGUUUUUU